UAAAACCAUAAACAAUGAAAAUGAAAGAACACUUAACCUAAUAAAUCGAAGAUUUUAUAGCAUAUAAAUCAAUGUAGACAGCUUAGCUAGAUGCACAAGCACUAAUCCAAUGGCUUCUCUAGAGGAACCAAAAGGCCUUCCUGACAUUCCUCUUGAUGAUGAAGCAAGGAAAGAAGAAGAGAGCUACUGCCAUGCACUGCAGCUGGUGGUUUCUUCAGUGCUGUCCUUCUCCAUGCAGUCAGCAAUUGAGCUUGGCGUUUUUGACAUCAUAGCAAAAGAGGGUCCAAAUGCCAAGCUCUCUUCAGCUGAGAUCGCAGCUCACGUCGGAACCAAGACCCCUGACGGACCCAUGAUGCUAGAUCGCCUUCUAGCUGUCCUGGCCAGCAACUCCGUGCUCGACUGCACAGUUGUUAACGGUAAACUUGACAAGUGUUUCCGGAGGCUCUACAGCCUUACCCCUGUGUCCAAGCACUUUGUGACUAAUGAAGAUGGUGUUUCAUUAGCCCCUGUGUUGACUAUGGUUCAAGACGAGGCCUUCGUAAAAGGCUGGCGUAAGGUGAAAGAUGCAGUUAUUGAAGGAGGAAUUGCAUUUGACAGAGCUCAUGGCAUGCACCACUUUCAGUAUCCAAGUGUCGACCAUAGGUUUAAUGAAAUAUUCAACAAGGCAAUGUUCAACCAUAGCACCCUAGUUAUGAAGAGAAUUCUCAAGCUCUACAAAGGUUUUGAGCACGUUACGCAGCUUGUUGAUGUUGGUGGUAAUUUGGGAGGGGCAAUUAGUCUAAUCACUUCUAAAUAUCCACAUAUUAAGGGCAUCAAUUUUGACUUACCUCAUGUUAUAAAACAUGCCUCCUCUUAUCCUGGUGUUGAAAAUGUAGGAGGAGACAUGUUUGAAAGUAUUCCAAAUGGGGAUGCCAUUUUUUUGAAGUACAUACUUCAUGACUGGUUGGAUAAAGACUGCAUAAAGCUAUUGAAAAAUUGUUACAAUGCAAUUCCAGACAAUGGAAAAGUGAUCGUGGUGGAGGCACUUCUCCCAAUUAAGCCAGAUUCUAACCUAUCUGUGAGGACCAACGGCCAACUUGAUCUGCAUAUGAUGACUCAAACCCCGGGAGGGAUGGAGAGGAGCCAAGAAGAAUUCAUGGCCUUAGCAACUGCUGCUGGAUUUAGUGGCAUCAGAUAUGAAUGUUUCACUGCUAAUCUUUGGAUCAUGGAAUUCUACAAGUAGAGGAGUGUUGUUGAGGUUCAUGGUCCUGAUAAUCCCACACGCAAAUACCUAAUAAUCCCAUCUUUUUCUUUUUCUUCCGAAGUUUAUUUUCUGUCAUACAAAAUAAGAAUACAUUUUUAUGUAUGUGUAACUUGACGUUUGAAGGGGACUAUUUUUGUGUGUUGUUCGAAGGGAAUUUUAGUAGCUAAUUAAUUGCAGUAGUUAUAUACA